AUGUCUGAUUCACAGCCAGAGUCUCCGGAGUCCACCCAGACUAUGGGUGACAGAGUCGACAGUCCCAACGCUCCAUCCCCGCCGGACUUGCAGGGGUCGACGUAUGGGUUCCAAGAUGAUGCAUCCUCUCAAGAUAGCGAAGAUCGAGAAGAAGGCGAGACCCUUCUUCCCAACACAGACCAAGAAGAUGUUAUACCUCCCGUCGAUCUCCCUCCUGCUGGAGCCAUUCCAGUCAAUACCUCCAGCCCUGAUGGUAUUGCAACCUCCCCAUCAUUGGAAGAGUCCGUCGCAAAUCUCACUGUUUCUCUCAAUAAUGUCAAUGGUCUGCUCAGAGGUGUUUUGGAGAUGGUCAUCACGCAGAACCUUCAAACUGGUACGGUGAUGCACGAGAUUCUCAAAUCCCUCGUACAUGGCAUGCCGGAUACGAUCGUGGACCUCAGGGGGAAGAUCAGAGUCAAGUUGGGUACCGAGAACUUCAGCGAGUUUCAGAAGGAUUCGGAAUGCGAGCUCGCCUUGAAAAGGUUACGCGAUGCAGGGUCCCCCUGGAAUAUGGUCACCGAUUUGCGGCCUGUUGGAGACAAGACCUUGUUGUUGACCUGCGUCGACGAGGUCUGGGAUGAUAAGAUGCGUCUCGAGGCUGGCAGGCUCGGCUCUAUCAUCGGACUUGACCCGGACUGGAGAAUCGUCCCGAAGCGGUACUGUGUCGAGAUCGAGAAGUAUCCCUGUCGGCACAAUGAGAAUCCUAGAUCAGAAAAAGAAACUUGGUCUGCGUGGAAUGGAGUCAAGAUUGACGAUGCGUUCAUACUAUGCAGUACACUCGUACUUUCCAUGGGGUCCCGAGAGGAUGCAGAAAAGCUCUGCAAGGGCAAUGGUGUGAUAUUGGGCCGCUCUAGGGCGCCGCUAUUCGCUAAGCCUGUCGACCUUCGUGCAUUCGAUCUCUGGUGCGCCAGGUGCAACAGGCCUUCGCAUCUCAGAAAUGAGUGCGAACUUGCAGUACAAUGCGGGAAGUGUGCGGGAAGUCACUAUACAAACCAAUGCACAGUACAAGCUGCGCACUACCAGUGUGUUAACUGUCCCGAACACCAUCGUUCUGCCUCAAAAGAUUGCAAGAACGCUGCAGUUGUCAGGAUGUUGGAGGAGUGCAAAACGUGGCGAAAGACUGGCCCCUCAUGGGCCAGGAUGGUUCGGGAGCCUCAGCUACCCGACGAGGCCCUCAUGGACAGAUUGCGGGCAUACCGAAACACGCCAACUGGGCAAUUGUUUUUGAAUACUUAUGACUCGGCUCCGGAACCGAGACAGUUCGUGAGCGAUCGAGGAUCAGCCAACAUCGGUGCUACCACUGCCACUCAGCCUGCUACUAAGCCUACCACAAACGCGAAGAAGCGCAAGGGGGACUGGGAUAGCCGUGAUGUAUCCAGAAGUGAGCCUCCCACUAUGAUGCAGGUUUCCCAAAUGAAUCAGCGCCGGUUGGACAAUGCGAACAAGGGAUCUGGACCGCUUAGGCGAGGACGCGGACGUCCCCCGAAAGCCUUUGACAGAAACAAUGCUUCCAAGAGGCGUAGGGGGAACUAG